GCUUGUGGGAAUCAUCACCGUGUUGAUGAUUUCUCUUUGUCUCCGGUGAGUUUUGGUGGGUUUGGUGUGAAAAAGACUUUCUCUUGUCUGGAGCUUAAGAAUUAAAAGCAUCCUAGAAGUGAAUUCAAUGGAAAACAGAUCGCUUUCGGUGAAGCUCAAGACGAGAGCUUCUGAUCAUCAACCAUCACAGAUCAGUGAAUUAUGGCUUGAUGAGAAGAUUUUGACAACGCCGAGGAUUGGAACAGCUCAGAAGUGGUGGGAGAAAGGUCUGAAAGAAAACAUGAGAGAGAUCUCUUCAGCUCAAGAACUCGUUGACUCUCUGACCAACGCGGGUGAUAAGCUUGUUGUUGAUGAUUUCUUCUCACCUGGCUGUGGCGGCUGCAAGGCUCUCCAUCCUAAGAUAUGUCAGUUGGCAAAGAUGAACCAUGGUGUGCAGUUUCGUCAGGUGAAUUACGAGGAACAUAAGUCGAUGUGUUAUAGCCUGGUGUUCAUGUUCUCCCGUUUUCCCAAUUCUACCGAGGCGCUAUGGGUCGUGAUUGCAGCUUUAGCUAUACCAAUGCCACGAUCAAGAAAUUCAGAGAUGCAUUGGCAAAGCAGAUGAGUGUAGGGUUUGAGAUGAUUUUAUUUUAAAGUUUUCUGAAUCUUAUGCUUGCCUAAUUUGUUUUCUCUUAUUAAAAAGAUCAUAUUUUG